AUGACGACGAUCGUGUCGCAUUCGAGGAGUACUCGAGUCACCGCAUCGUCGUCGUCGAAAUCAUUUCCAUUGCCUCGAGGGAAAGCGACGUCGACGACUAAUCCGAUGAAAGUCUUCAUUGUCUUUGCCUCCAGAAAAGACACGCCUCCUCCCUUUACGACUAAAGCGGCGACAAAAACAACUCGCUUGAACGCAGUUCUGGAACCCGAGCAGCAAAGACAACAAAACAACGGAGACAACAUCAACGCCGAAAAGAUGCCUUUGCAAGGAGUGAAAGGUGUAAAACGCUUGACGAAAUCAGAACGCGAGAAAAAUUCGAAAGAUUACGAAUGGGCGGCGUUGAUUUCCAGCUGCGGAGUAACCUCUAUUGCAAUUACGGCGACGUAUUUUCGAUUGCUGAGGUCGUAUAACUUGAUGGACGACGUCGGUGGGGUGAGUGUUUUUCCGACGGCGGAGUUAUUCGCGCAGUUGGCGCUGAUCGCCGGAGCGGCGGUCGGGAUGGAGUUUUACGCUCGAUUCGCGCAUAAAUACUUAUGGCACGACGUUUGGUGGUCCAUGCCGAUGAAAUACAGGAAAGAUUGGAACAAAAAGAUUUGGUUGUUGCACGAGUCGCACCAUUUACCGAGAGAAGGCGCGUUCGAGGCGAACGAUAUCUUCGCGGUGGCCAACGGCGUGCCGGCGUUUGUGUUGUGCUCGUACGGGUUUUUCACGCCGGGGGUGUACGGAGGGUUAUGUUUUGGCGCCGGUCUUGGCAUCACCUUAUUCGGUAUCGCGUACAUGUACGUUCACGAUGGGAUGGUUCACAAACGAUUUCCGACCGGGCCGUUGGGAAAACUUCCGUGGUUGCGAAGGGUCGCCGCGGCGCACACCAUCCACCACACCGAACAGUUCCAAGGCGCGCCGUGGGGGUUAUUUUUAGGCGAAGACGAAUUGAGUAAACACCCGGGCGGUAUCGAAGAACUCGACAAAGUCUGUUUAGCCAACGACAGAGCGGAUAAACGACGCGAAAUGGAGUGUUUAGCGGCUGGGUUUUCCAACGCCGAGCAGUGCGACGUCCCGAUCCAUCUCUCCGUCGGAUCUUCCAAGGAUGACUAUUUAGUCGUUUCCCAAGACGAAACCGAGUUAGGAAUCAAAGCCGGAUUACACAUUCCAAGUCAAAUAGAAUCGCCGCAGUGCGUGAUCACCGAAGACGGGAAGCGAAUCAACGAAUCCUUAAAAAGCGUCGUUUCCGAAGCCAAAGAAUAA